AUGGUUAAUCAUUUAAAAUACCACAAUAAAGCCUUCCGCCCACAUAAGCCCCCCAUAGCCUCUCCGUGCCGCAUUCACUCCAUCGGCACCUCUCCGUGCCGCAUUCACUCCAUCGGCACCUCUCCGUGCCGCAUUCACUCCAUCGGCACCUCUCCGUGCCGCAUUCACUCCAUCGGCACCUCUCCGUGCCGCAUUCACUCCAUCGGCACCUCUCCGUGCCGCAUUCACUCCAUCGGCACCUCUCCGUGCCGCAUUCACUCCAUUGGCACCUCUCCGUGCCGCAUUCACUCCAUCGGCACCUCUCCGUGCCGCAUUCACUCCAUCGGCACCUCUCCGUGCCGCAUUCACUCCAUCGGCACCUCUCCGUGCCGCAUUCACUCCAUCGGCACCUCUCCGUGCCGCAUUCACUCCAUCGGCACCUCUCCGUGCCGCAUUCACUCCAUCGGCACCUCUCCGUGCCGCAUUCACUCCAUCGGCACCUCUCCGUGCCGCAUUCACUCCAUCGGCACCUCUCCGUGCCGCAUUCACUCCAUCGGCACCUCUCCGUGCCGCAUUCACUCCAUCGGCACCUCUCCGUGCCGCAUUCACUCCAUCGGCACCUCUCCGUGCCGCAUUCACUCCAUCGGCACCUCUCCGUGCCGUGCCCCCUUCCCGCCCUCCAGCCCCCCCUGCUGCACGCCCACCGCGCCCGGUGCAGCCGCCCCCAGCAGCGCAUGCAGGGGGGAGGUGGGCGGCGGGCAGUAG